AUGAGACCAUUCUGUCUGUUUCGGUCGGUGUUUGGGGUUUAAUCAUCAAUUAAAUAAAGGCGGCGAGCCGGUAGGGGCUGUAACUCCCUAAACUAUAUUGCGGGAUACAUAUAUAAAAAAUCUGAAGAUACCGAACGCCUCGGUCCAAAGAGAGGAGAGAGUUAACGUUUCAGGUCGAGGAUCUUCAGCAAAACGGACCGUGUCGGAGAGGAUGAGGCUCACAGCCUAUUCCAAAUACUUCAGAUAAACCGUUAAUUUCCUAACGUCUUCCGGCCCACUGAAGCUGGGCUGCUUUUUCCUUCACAAAUGCUGUCUGACCUAGCGGAAGGAUAAUUCGCCAUCAGAAUGAAUGAUAGUGAUGAUGAUAAUGACAUUCAGUUGUCAGCCCAUGCUUUGGCCGCCCUGCGAGAGUUCCAGCUGGAGCAGCAGAAGAAGCAGUAUGCAGGGCUCAAUAAUUAUGCUACUGGGUCUAUUGAUGAAGACUGGCAAUUAAGCCAAUUUUGGUAUAAUGAUGAAACUGCUCUACGGCUAGCCCAGGAAGCGAUUGAAGCUUCAGGACAUAAUGGCAAAAUAGCUUGUAUCAGUACCCCAAGUGUGUAUCAGAAACUGAAGCAGCUUUGGAAUGGAGAAUUCUCUGCUGUUCUUUUGGAGUAUGACAGACGGUUUUCAGUUUACGGAAAUGAGUUUGUUUUCUAUGACUAUAACAACCCUAUGAAUUUACAUGAAGAUCUCCAACCUCACAGUUGCGAUAUAGUGAUUGUUGACCCACCAUACCUCUCAGAAGAGUGUCUCAGCAAAAUAACACUAACAGUCAAAUAUCUAACAAAAGGGAAGAUUCUUCUUUGUACUGGUGCAAUCAUGGAAGACCUAGCAGCAAAGUUGCUUUCUGUGAAAAUGUGCAAAUUUCUCCCAAAACACAAUCAGAAUUUAGCAAAUGAAUUUUGUUGUUACACCAAUUAUGAGUCCAGAUUAGAUUUGGAUUCUAUCUGUUAAAUAUCUAAAAAGUAAAAGGUAAUGACUGUAUCAUA